AUGACUCUUCUUGAUUCCCAUUUGGAGCAAAUUACACUCUCCUCCAAUGCUAUUGCAGACUUGCCAUUUCCUCGCCCUCGCAUUUUUACCACGGCCCUCCUAGGCUCUCACGACAUUACAGCCUUGAUUCGCGACACUGAAGCCCAUGAACGAGCGCUUUUCCAGGUCGAUCCCGCUGCCAAAUCCCAUGGCUCACAAAGACGCGCCACUCGACGCGGGACCAUGUUCCCCGCCGAGUCUGAACCCGAGUCGAUGGCGAGUCGGAUCUAUUCUGCACGAAACAACCGCAAUCAGUCUGCAGUAGCAAGAGUCCUGGGCCAUGAUAUGAUGGAAGAGAUCAAGCGGUCAGCAGGCACCUCCACACGAGGACCCCGCGGGGAAGUCAACAUUGAAGUUCUUCUCCGUGGUGCUGAGAUAUUGUGCGAUGUCUACCCUGUCGCUGGAGCACAGCAAAAGAUCGCCAAUCUUCGCUACCGACAUGAAAUGAUAUCGGAUUCCAUAGCACGCUUGGAAGCAAGAGUCGCAACAAACACCGCAGAGCUAGAUCAAAUGCGGCGUUCUUAUGGAGACGAAGAAGACGAGUUGGAGCCUGCACCUGUGGCACAGCCUGAUGUACCAGAGAUCAGCGAUGAAGACAUUGAGCGUGAAAUGGCCGAGAUUCGAGACCUCGAGCUGAGGAAACGAGGCCUGCAAGAACGGGUCACCGGAAUGGAACGAGAUCUCGGUGGAUUGGUUGGCUGA